AUAAAAGAGUCACUGAAACCCUCACGGCUGGUUUAUUGUACUGUGUGUUGUUCAGUCAGUGUGGCUCCAUUUAUAUGUAUAUGUAUGUAUUUGGGUCACCGCCUUUUUCUCAGGCUACAAAGCCUUGUGUUGCACCUUGUUCGGGAGGUAAUCGUCACAUCGGGAUUACGCACCUUUGACCUCCAGCACUGUCAACAGUAAGCGGCUCACUGAGAUAGGCUACCAGCGACCAAAUCCACCAGCAGCAACCGAGGGAUCGCUGUGCCGAAUGACUUUCCGCGGAUCCUGAGUGUUUUGCUUUCUUCCACGCCGCGAAUCUGCGUCGCCGUGCGGGGAUCUGCCAGGGAGACUGGAAGAGGGGGGUGCGUGUGGGGUGGGGUGGCAUUCACGCAAUCGCAUUGCCUGGACCCACGCCGCAGCAGGACCAUGCUCACGCGGGUGAAGUCGGCGGUAGCCAAUUUCAUGGGAGGUAUGAUGGCCGGUGGCUCCAACGGAGACCAUCCCAGCGGCUCGGAUCUGCCGCUGAAAUUCCCGUACACCCGACCGGACUUCCUGGGACUGUCGCCAGACGAGAUCGAGUGUUCGGCGGAUCACAUCGCAAGACCGAUCCUCAUCCUGAAGGAGACCAAGCGGCUGCCGUGGUCCACCGGCUACGCAGAGGUCAUCAAUGCAGGGAAAAGCACAUUAAAUGAAGAUCAGGCUUGCUGUGAGGUCCUGGUUGUUAAAGGGAGACCUGCAGGAAGCCUCGCGCCUAACCGAACCCCCACGACCCGCAGGAGGUCGUCCCUGCCUAAUGGUGAGAGUCUGGGCCUCCGGGAGAACCCGGACAACUCUGAAGACCUAACUUUACACUACUGGGCAUUGUUCGAUGGCCACGCUGGCUCUGGGGCAGCUGUAAUGGCCUCUCGUCUUCUCCACCACCACAUUGCCCUGCACCUACAGGAAGUGAUGGAGAUCCUCUGUACUCCUAACCUUGUGCCGCCCACGUGCCUGGGUGAGGAACCUAUCAAUCACCACCUCACCCCUUCAUCUCAGCGUGUCCUUACAAGGGCUGCAUCGCUCCGGGGUGCCGCAGGGGCUCCGGGUUCCCCCAGUACCCCACCGACACGCUUCUUCACAGAGAAGAAGGUGUCGCAGGAGAGCCUGGUGAUUGGAGCCAUCGAGAACGCCUUCAAAGACAUGGAUUCACAGAUAGAAAAGGAGAAGGCGGUCUACAACAUCUCAGGUGGCUGCACAGCGCUGGUGGUCGUCUAUUUACUCGGCAACCUCUAUGUGGGGAAUGCCGGGGACAGCAGAGCUAUCAUUAUCCGGUCUGGGGAAGUCAUUCCCAUGUCAGCAGAGUUCACACCAGAGUCAGAGAGGCAGCGACUGCAGUUCUUGGCCUACAUGCAGCCCCACUUAUUAGGGAAUGAGUUUACACAUCUGGAAUUCCCAAGGAGAGUCCAGAGGAAGGAGGUGGGGAAGAGGAUGCUGUAUCGUGACUUCACCAUGUCAGGAUGGGCAUAUAAAACCAUAGAGGAAGAUGACCUAAAGUUUCCCCUGAUCUACGGUGAAGGGAAGAAGGCUCGCGUGCUGGCGACCAUCGGGGUAACGAGAGGCCUCGGAGACCACAGUCUCAAAGUGCACGACUCCAACAUUUACAUUAAGCCCUUCCUGUCCUGCUGCCCAGAGGUCAGAGUUUAUCCUUUAGCACAGUGUGAGCAUGGAGCCGAUGACGUUCUGGUGCUGGGAACUGACGGACUGUGGGACGUCCUCUCCAACCAGGAAGUGGCUGAAUCGGUCGGCUGUUUCCUGGCAAACUGCGACCCUGACGAUCAGCACAGGUACACGAUGGCAGCUCAAGACCUCAUAAUGAGAGCGAGGGGGGUGCUGAAGGAUCGAGGCUGGAGGAUAGCCAACGACAGAUUAGGCUCCGGAGAUGACAUCUCUGUCUACAUCAUUCCCCUCAUGUAUGGAAACAAGCAGAACUAGCCAAGCUACGAAACCGCAGCCAUCGCUGAAACACAACCCUGCCUUGACCUUUUAAAACUUCACAUGUGCAGUUUUACCUCAUUCCUUGUUCUCCUUUUAAAAGUGCUUUUGUUUCUGCUCAGAUCAAAACCUGAUCUGUCUCAGUUUCACCCUGAUUAUCCUCAAUCAGGGUGAUCUCUCUCUCUCUCUCUCUCUCUCUCUCUCUCUCUCUCUCUCUCUCUCUCUCUCUCUCCCUUUUUUUUUAAAUAUUGAAAAGGAAACAAUCAUAAGAGUAGCUGUUAAUGAUUACUGUUAUUAUUGUUUUUUUAAUUCUCGUGGAAGCCAUCCUUAGCUGUGUUUCGGGGGGCAAACCCUGUAAACCUGGACUCUCGAAUGAGAUGACGACAUCUCAGGACUGCUGUUACUAACUAAUGCACAAUAUUUAAUAAUGUGAAAAUGUAAAUAAUCUGAAACACAAGACAUUGGUUAAGUGUGUUUGGCUGAACACCUGUACAGU